ACCGUUUAGUAAACUCUUUCCAUAGGAGUUGCGUUUUUGUUUCGCUUCGUUCUAUAUCCUCAGACACAUUUGCCUUGACAGCACUGUUGUUCAUAGCAUUCAGGAAAAAAGAAAAUCAACACUCUUUCAAAUUAUUGGUGAUUUCAAGAAUGGAUUUAUUAGUUUCGGGUUGGAAUUUUAAGCAGUUUGCAAUUCCAGUAUCACCUCCGCCUCCACUUCCACCACCGGUAUCACCGCCAUCCACCGCCACUACUUGUAGCUUUUACAAGCCUCCAAGCUCAGCACACAAGGUUUCGUCCCCGUUUCGGACAUACCGUUUGGCUAGAAUCUCAAACAAGUCGUCUUCUCCGUUUGCAAUUCACGCCAGGAAGAAGAACUCCAAGUCUGAGCCGCUUUUGGAGCCAACCCUUGUUGAAGAAGUUUCAAUGGACGACGAUGACGAGGAAGAUGAACUGCUUCUUUUUGAUGACUUCGAAGAUGAUGAAUUGAUGAUAGACAAUGAUGAUGAUGAUGAUUUCUUUGAAGAAGAGUACACAGAAGACGAAACUGAACUUUAUGUCGGUGAUGGAGCUGGAGGAGGAGGAAUUUCUCUUGCUGGAACAUGGUGGGAUAAAGAAGCUUUAUUGUUAGCUGAGGAUGUAUGUCAAUCCUUUGGUGGUGAUUUGGGUAUAUAUGCCUUCAAAACGUUGUCGAAUUCUUCCAUUCAAGUCCGCAUUGAAAGGCUUACAAAUAAAUCUGGUUCCCCCAGUAUGGAAGACAUUGAAGCUUUUUCUGUAAGCUACAGAGCAAAAUUGGAUGAAGCUGAACUUGCUCGAUCAGUAGCAGAGAAUAUAACCUUGGAGGUUUCAUCUCCUGGUGUUGAAAGAGUAGUUCGAAUACCACAGGAUCUAGACCGGUUCAAGGACCGCUCUCUUUAUGUGAAAUAUGUGACUGAGGUAGCUGACAGCGGUAAACUUUCGGAAGCUGAUGGUGUUUUCAGGCUGGUCUCAUUUGAUAUGGAAACAAAAUGUUGCAUCUGGGGUUUAGCAGACGUGAGAAUAAAUCGAGAAAAAGCUGGGAAAGGAAGACCACUUAGCAAAAAGCAGAGGGAAUGGCGUCUGGAGACUAGCUUCGAUUCUUUACGUUUAGUUCGAUUGUAUUCUGCAAUAUGAAUGUUUUCUCUUUUCUUUUCUCUUUCCCCUCGCACAACAUGCAUAGUCAAGCAGUUAGUUGGUGAUUUUUAUUAACAUUAUCAUCCAGCCUUUGAAAUUGACUCUCUCAAUCUAUCUCCAAGUAUGUGUUGUAAAGAUAUGUUCAUCACUGUAUUUAAUUUGACAAGUCCUGUUUAAGCUCAUAA